AUGAAGCUUGUAGCGGCUGCCAGGGUACGAAGAGCUCAAGACGCAGUCAUCAAUGGUCGGCCCUUCUCUGAGACCCUUGUGGAGGUUUUAUACGACAUCAAUGAGCAGCUUCAAGGUGAAGACGUUGAUAUCCCUUUGACUAAUGUUAGACCUGUCAAGAAAGUAGCCCUUGUGGUCAUUACCAGUGAUAGAGGUCUGUGUGGUGGUUUCAACAAUGCAUUGACUAAGAAAGCGCAAACCCGAAUUGUGGAGUUGAGGAAAUUUGGAUUGGAGGUGGUUCUGAUCAACGUUGGGAAGAAGGGAAACUCGUAUUUUAUGCGUAGGCUGGAGAUUAAGGUGGAUAGGUUGAUGGAAGGAGGGGCGUUUCCGACUGCGAAAGAAACUUCAAUCAACUUAAAUCCCCUUCUCAAUCUGAUAGCUUCUUUUCCUUUGAUUAUCGUCAUUCCCUCCUUCUCUUCUUCCUGCUUCAUCUCCACCAUUUCUGGGUUCUUACAGAGAAGGGAAGAAAAAAGGGAAGGGAAGGGAAGGGAAGAAGAAGAAGAGGACACGAUAUGGUGCUUCAGUCCACCAAUGUGA